AUGGAAAAGGCAGGCAGGGAGGGUGUUUGCUGCCUGGUCCUGGUCGCGCUGAGCCUGUGGCCAGGUAGAGCUGCUGCCCCGGGGCCACCUCCUGGCCCCCCACGGGCCUCCCCAGACCCUCGGGCUGAGCUGGACAGCGCCGUCCUCCUGACCCGCUCUCUCCUGGCGGACACUCGGCAGCUGGCCGCACAGCUGAGAGACAAAUUCCCAGCUGACGGAGACCACAACCUGGAUUCCCUCCCCACCUUGGCCAUGAGUGCGGGGGCGCUGGGAGCCCUGCAGCUCCCGGGAGUGCUGACACGGCUGCGGGCAGACCUGUUCUCCUACCUGAGGCAUGUGCAGUGGCUGCGCCGGGCAGGAGGCCCUUCCCUGCGGACCCUGGAGCCCGAUCUAGGCGCCCUGCAGGCCCGGUUGGACCGGCUGCUGCGCCGGCUGCAGCUCCUGAUGUCCCGCCUGGCCCUGCCCCAGGCGCCCCCAGACCCACCGGCACCCGCCCUGGCUCCCCCGGCCUCACCCUGGGGAGGUGUCCGGGCGGCCCAUGCCAUCCUUGGGGGGCUGCACCUGACGCUCGACUGGGCUGUGCGGGGCUUGCUACUGCUGAAGACUCGGCUGUGACCCGCCACGCGCCACCGAGAGCCACCAGCGCCCUUCAAAGCCAGACCUUAUUUAUUUAUUUAUUUCGGGACUGGGGGCGUGGCAGCCAGAGGACUCCGCCCUCACCAUUGUCUCCCUCUAGUUAGAGACGAUCCCUCCAGGAGACCUGGGCAUGGGGGCAUCUGUGCCUUAUUUAUACUUAUUUAUUUAAGGGGGUGGGUGGGAGGCAGGUGGACUCGGGGGUCCCUGAGGAGGAGGGAACUGGGGUCCCAGAUUCUUGGAUCUCUAAGAAGUCUGGCC